CAGUCUCUCCCUGUUUCAGCUGUACCCUAAGAGUGCUUCGCACUGCGGUCCCAGCCACACACAGCCAACCAGGUUCCAAUAGGUCUCAGCAGGCCGUCCCUGACACAGCUCGGCAGGCAUGUGGUCCACCUUCUACAUCCACGAUGACGAGGGGAGGACGUCUGGGCCCGGAGGGGUGAACCCUGGACCUGCGGGGGCUCCUGGCCUGGUGAGCGGGGCUCACGGGGGGGCCAAGCGGCGGGCGCGCACCGCCUCGGCGACUGCUUCCAGGGCCGGCAUGAGCGAGAGCCAGGAGGGCAAGAUCAAGCUGGCGUUCUUUGUGGCGGUGGUGGGCAUCGUGCUGGCCGUGCUCGGCGUGGGCACGGAGUUCUGGGCGGAGCUGGCGCCAUCCAAGAGCUUCUCCAGCAACCACACCUGUCUGGUGGCGCACUACGGCCUGUGGAAGAGCUGCGUCAAGUCCCUGUGGGUGGCCGACGUCGACCCAGAAAGGGAGAGCUGCGGCCCCGCGGAUCUGCCGGGAGAAUCUAACUGCACCUUCUUCAAGUUCUUCACCACCGGAGAGAAUGCGGUUCUGUUUCAAAAGACGACGGACAAGAGACUUAGCACGGCGACAGGUCUCAUGGCCAUCUUCAGCCUCUUCCUCAUGUCCAUGGGCGCCAUCUGCAUAACCAUGGCCAUCAGUAAACGCGUGCCCUUCUUCCUGAAGCCCGCCUCCGUCUGCUUCACACUGUCUGGCAUCCUGCUUCUGCUGUCACUCAUUGUUUUCCACCAAUCGGUGCUGGCGUUGUUGGCGAGUGACCACACAGUGCCGCUGCAUCAUGAGCUCUCGUGGUCAGUGAGUUUGUCGGCCUGUGCUGCCACCCUGCUCAUAAUUGGCGGGAUCCUCUUCCUGCUCCAGGCGCUACCCUACAGUCCCUGGCAGAAGUGUAUGUCAAAUAAGGACGCAGAGAGUUAGUACACCUAUUACUACUGACUUUUAUAAAUAUUUUGUACAAUGUCACACUGCAUAUUUCGUUCUACUUGAAGAUGUAUGUGUGGUGUGUGGUAGUUGAAUUACUUGCAUUUUAAAACUUUAUUUUAGCUCAAGUGAUUUUGUAAUUAAUAUGUAAUUGUACAUUCCUUAUGUCUUAUUUGAAUGUUUUAAGCAUUUACAGUAUGUCAGUGUUUGUAACAUGUUGGAUAUGUCUUUUGUACCGUCAUUGCAAGCCCCCCACAGUACAAUAACAGUUUAUUUGAAACCAGGCUUCAUACAAUCUAAAAGAAAACUCACAAUGUUUCACAUAGAUCUCUUUUCUCUUCUCGCACUGUUGGUACAAAACAAAACAAAACAAAGAUCGAGCUGCUGCAGUCAACAACUAGAGCAGCCAGGCAGUGCUACUCUCUGGGGGCAUGACUUUAAAAUGGCCUGAGUUCUCCUUUAAGCAAGACUAACAGAAGUGUCAUAAACAUGUUGUAGUCAACGUCAUCUGCUGAUGGCCAAUCAUGAAUGGUCUUUAAAUGUACAUGUUAUUGUCACAUAGCUGUCAUAGUACAAAACGUCAUGACUGGUGUAUGGUGAUAUUAUACUGAUACACCAUUAGACAUUUACUAUGACAUGUUUGACCUGAUCUGUCAUUACAAGAGCAUGACAUGGUUAUGUUGUCCUAUAAACCAGGGUUCAAGUUUAGUGUCCUUACCAUGUGUCCUUAGCAGUAUCCUUACCAUGUGUCCUUAGCAGUAUCCUUACCAUGUGUCCUUAACAGUAUCCUUACCAUGAGGUAACCUCACAAUUCAAUUUGUGACACUUUAUAGCUUUGCUUAUGCUAAACAAUGUUUUAUUGUAUGGUUCUUUCUGUGCCUUGUACAUCUCAAAGGUCACUUUUUUCUCCCUACUCACUAUUUGAACUACAUUUAUUUUAAAAUCAUAUAAAAGUAAUAUAGAAUCUCAAAUGUCUGAUACAUGGUCAAUCUAAGUAUUCAUAUGAUUUCAUCUGUUGAACCAAUGACCUGUGUAAUGGUUUAAAAAUAAUGCUUAAUCAAUUAUAUUUGAAAAUCAUUAAUGCCAUCUAGAUUAGCAACAGCAACAAAGCACUUUAUACCUGAACAAUGCAAACUGUAUGUAAGCCAUAGACAUACAUGUCUAACCAAAGGGCUGUGAAGAACAGCUUUUAAUGGAAUACUGCACAUUUCCAUAGCGUAUUUACAGAUUUGAUAUUCUUAAAAUUCUGUCUUGCUGUGAUUUGGAUGCUAAGUCUUUUCCAAUACAGCCAUCUGAGUCAGGAUGCACCAUGAAUGAUGUUAACAUGUGAAUAAAGACACUGUGACAUCA